AUGGCGCUUUUCAGGAUGCUCCUGACUGCCGUGGCCUGGCAGCUGGCCAGCGCGGCCCUGCUGGCCCAGGAGCCGGUGAAGCCAACAUCCUUCGUGAACACGCCCGACUACAAGGCUUCAGACACUCUGCGAGUACAGCUGUGGGUUCUCGGAAUUGUUUGCACGACGGGUCUGGUUGGGUCGGUCUGGUGGAUGUUCAAGACCACCCCCGGUCAGACAUCAUGA